AUGAAACCCCCCUACCUCGCCGUGGCCAUCUACCACCCCCGCUACGGCAACUUUCAGCACUGGGCCCUUCAUCUCCACUCAGAUACUGAAGACCUCAUCUUCGAAGUCGAUGGCGAGCAUCCCAGCUUCCAAAAGAUGGUGUCCAAUGGGCUUCCGUCCGAUAACCUGGGUUUCAUCGAGUCAAUCUUUGUAUGUCAGAUCGACAGGCCCGAUACCCCGACCGUGAAGGACGUUGUCGACGCUACGCCCGUGGACAAUGAGACCCUUGAGUGGGACUGUCAGGACUACGUGCUAGAAAUACUCGAGGGAUGUGAGAAGGAAGCGGUGCUGGAGGAUGAGGAUGCCGAUUAUGCAGAGGCCAUGGAGAUCCUACGAAGCAGACGGGGGCCGAUCCUUUAG